UCAACUUUAGCUCAUUAUAGGCUUCUGCUAAGAGUGUAAUCGAAACAAUCUGGUUGUCCGCGACAACACCACAACACCCAGCGGAACCUCCGGUGGACCAUUAUGACAUCACAAUGCCCACUCCCCUAUAUAAGUCACCGCUCCUCAGACCAGUGCUCAGUGCUGAUCAGAGAGUCGAGCGUAAGCAUUACCUUGUAAUCACUGAGCAAGCACAGCAGCGUUUUACCCAGGUAGCGUUUGCUCUACUAUUGAGCAAGCAAACGAUGGGGAGGAGACGUGUGAGGAACCGGAAGAGGCUACCGAAACCUGAGGACCUCAUCCACCAGGAGAGUCUCCACCAGGAGGGUCUCCACCAGGAGUCCCUCCAACAGGAGGGUCUCCAACAGGAGGGUCUCCACCAGGAGGGUCUCCAUCAGGAGAGCCUCCACCAGGAGGGUCUCCAUCAGGAGAGCCUCCAUCAGGAGGGUCUCCACCAGGAGUCCCUCCAACAGGAGGGUCUCCACCAGGAGGGUCUCCACCAGGAGGGUCUCCACCAGGAGUCCCUCCAUCAGGAGGGUCUCCAACAGGAGAGCCUCCACCAGGGGUCCCUCCAACAGGAGGGUCUCCAACAGGAGGGUCUCCAACAGGAGGGUCUCCAUCAGGAGAGUCUCCAUCAGGAGCGCCUCCACCAGGAGUCCCUUCACCAGGAGAGCCUCCACCAGGAGGGUCUCCACCAGGAGUCCCUUCACCAGGAGAGCCUCCAUCACGAGAGUCUCCCCCAAGAGACUCUCCACCAGGAGAGACUCAAACAUAUGGUAAUCAUCGUUUACCUAAGCAGACACCUGGUCACAGACAGCGGUGAGGGACUCCAACCGGAGGGUCUCCAACCAGAGGGUCUCCAACCAGAGGGUCUCCAACCAGAGGGUCUCCACCAGGAGGGACUCCAACCGGAGGGUCUCCAACCAGAGGGUCUCCAACCAGAGGGUCUCCACCAGGAGGGACUCCAACCGGAGGGUCUCCAACCAGAGGGUCUCCAACCAGAGGGUCUCCACCAGGAUGGACUCCUCCAACGGGAGGGACUCUACCAGGGGGGUCUCCAACCGGAGGGACCACAACCAGAGGGACUCCAGGCGGAGGGACUCCAAGAGGAGGGACUUCAUCAGGAGGGUCUCAACCAGGAGGGACCCCACCAGGAGGUUCCCCAACCAGAGGGUCUCCAGCAGGAGGGUCACUACCAGGAGGGACCCCACCAGGAGGGACCCCAACAGGAGGAACUCCAUCAAGAGAGUCUCCACCAGGAGAGUCUCCACCAGGAGAGUCUCCACCAGGAGGACCUCCAAGCAGAGGCCAGGCUACCUCCGAGACCGGACGGGACAUCAAAGAGCCUCAAACAUAUGGUGAUCACGGUUUACCUAUGCGGCCCUAUGAUCAGCAGACACCUGGUCACAGACAGUGGUGAGGGUCUCCAACCAGAGGGUCUGCACCAGGAGGGACCCCCACAUGAGGAAACCCCACAGGAGGGUCUCCAAGAGGAGGGUCUCCAACCAGAGGGUCUCCAGCCAGAGGGACUCCAACCAGAGGGACUCCAACCAGAGGGUCUCCAAGAGGAGGGUCUCCAACCAGAGGGUCUCCAACCAGAGGGUCUCCAGCCAGAGGGACUCCAACCAGAGGGACUCCAACCAGAGGCUCUCCAAGAGGAGGGUCUCCAAGAGGGGGGUCUCCAACCAGAGAGUCUCAACCAGGAGGGACCCCAACAUGAGGAAACCCCACAGGAGGGUCUCCCCCAGGAGGGACUCCAAGAGGAGGGAGAGAUGGUGAGGACACCGGGGGUCUUGGAGGCUGAGGAGGACAUGUUAGAGCUGGAGAUGCCAACUGACAAUGGCAACCACCACGUUGUCGUCUGUCAACGUCCCAUUGACGCCGUGGUCUUGAUCCUCAACCAGGAUCAACCUCCAGCCACCGCCCUGCCAGGUGUAGUAGCGAUCGAGGAGAAACCUUUUGUCGUUAUGGGCUGUACAGAACCUGUGGCUCCCCCUAACAACACUGAGAUCUCCGUCACACCCAACGAAGAAGGGGAGGAACCUGUAAAGGAGCCCAAAAGGAAGAGCCUCGGGUGGAGAUUCCUCAAUUGGCUCAGUGUGGUGAAGGAGAAGGAGCCAAACAAUAAGAGGAACGCCGGGACCUCCCUGAAGGAGGACACGGAGGAACACCUCAUCUCCAGCAAAGCGUAUAAACGUCAGGCAGCUUUGCUCAGUACAAAGCUCUCGAUGGCUGAGGGAGGGCAGAUGAGGAUGAAGAUCCACCGGGCUGAGCGCCGGGAGCAGAAGGAGGCUCAGAGGCUGAAGGAGGAGCAGCGCUACGAGCAGUGGGCUGCUGAACGGGGCCUCAGCUAUGCAGGAGAGGGGCCAGCAGACGGGCCUAAGAAAAGGAUGACCAGAUUGCAGAAGGUGUCUUUGGGAUUGGUCGCCCUGUGCCAAUAAGCCGAUCCCCUCCAUCCGGCCACCCCUGGUGCGGGUCACCUGUACAUAUAUACAUAGAAGCAUAAUAAAACUCAAAGAAAUACAAAAGAACAAUAAAGAAUCGAAGACAACAUAGCUCUAUGGACCAAUCUCCCAUGGCCAUGGGAUCCCCAUCAUCUCAGGGCGUCUUUCACAGGACAACAGGCCAAGCAAAAGAGCAUCUCAAAAGGGAAGGACCAAUAGUAUGUUUCCACUGCCUGUCUGUGUAUAUACAUUUGUAU